AUGCGUGGCGGAGUUGCAGCCAAACUGGGAAAUAAAGACAGGACAGAACAUUUAAGAAGAGCUAGUGGAGAUUCUAAUUUCUCUCACCAUCACGAUAAUGAUUUUGAUUUGGAACAAAGAAAUCGUGAAGCUAUUAAAAGUAAUGCUGAAAAGCAGGCGGCACAGCAACUUGAAAAUGCAAAGUAUAAUCCUGUACUUUUUGCUGUCCAAACAAAUAUCGACUUUGAUGGAACUAUUGAUGAUGAUGCACCUGUACAUGGAUGUGCUAUUUCUUUUAAGGCCAAAGAUUUUUUACAUAUUAAAGAAAAAUAUAAUAAUGACUGGUGGAUUGGUAGACUGGUUAAAGAAGGAGCUGAAUUAGGUUUCAUCCCCUCCCCAGCUAAAUUAGAAUCUGUACGUCAAUCACAGCAAACAGGAAAAGGAGUUAAAUUUCGCCAGUCAACUUCCACAACCAAUUUGGGUGCUUUAAACAGAAUGAUGCCCCCAACAACGCCCAGAGGGAUUGCUGGGGGAUCGAGAGGUUCAACCCCUCCAACACCUGCCGACGGGGAAGAAGAAGGAGGUGCAGAUUCUCAUAGAAGCGGGGCAACAACUAAUCGGUUAAAUGAAAAUCAAAUGACUGCUACUCCGCCUGUACAAAAAGAAAAGAAAAAAUUAAUUUUUAAAAAGCAAGAAAAUAUCCCUCCCUAUGAUGUUGUGCCUACAAUGAGGCCUGUAGUGCUUGUUGGUCCUUCACUUAAAGGCUAUGAAGUUACCGAUAUGAUGCAAAAAGCAGUUUUUGAUUAUUUAAAACACAGAUUUGAAGGAAGAAUAAUUAUUACAAGGGUGACUGUUGAUAUUUCCUUAGCUAAACGUUCAUUGCUCAAUAAUCCAACAAAACGGGCUUUAAUGGAAAGGGCAAAUUCUCGGUCAAGUAAUUCUUUAGUUGAAAUCCAAGCAGAGAUUGAAAGAAUUUUUGAAUUUUCCCGUUCAAUGCAAUUAGUUGUUCUUGAUUGUGAUACAAUAAAUCAUCCAAGUCAAUUAGCAAAAACUUCAUUAUCCCCCAUUCAUGUAUUUAUUAAAAUAAGUUCUCCAAAAGUUUUGCAAAGACUAAUAAAGACGAGAGGGAAGAGUCAAACUAGGAAUAUGAAUGUUCAAAUGGUUGCUGCAGAAAAGUUGGCGCAAUGCCCUCCAGAAGCUUUUGAUAUUAUUUUGGAUGAAAAUCAAUUAGAAGAUGCUUGUGAACAUUUAGCCGAUUAUUUAGAAUCUUAUUGGCGUGCUACUCAUCCCCCAGUUCGUUCACCUCCGCGUAUUAAAAGAGGACCUAUGGCUAAUAGAGGGCCUGUAGCUUCUGCAAUGAAUCCUGCACAAAUGAUGCAGGGUGCCAAUUUUGGUUCUCCUUUUGGCGGUUAUGGUGACACCCAAUUAGGUUUUCAACAACAACAGCCAAACACUCUACUAGACUCCCCAAACAAUACCCCUCCCCAUUCUUCUUCAAAUAGAGUACCCACAAUAGCUGUCCAACAACCAAGUCUUCCUUACGGUCUUUCUCCAAAACAAUCCUCUUCCUUAGAAAGAAGUAAUAAUUUAAAUAAUGGGAAAACUUUAAAUAAUGGUUAUGGAAAUGUUAAACAAAAUCAGGAGGAAGAAGAAGAAAAUGAUGAUUUCGAUGAGGAUGAUGAUGAUUUUUAUUUGAAUAAUCAGAGGGGAGGAAACAGACAAAAUUAUAUGGAUAAACAAUUUAGAUCUGCUGGGCCUUCUUCUUCUACAAUUAGACAACAACAACAACAACGAUUUUAA